AUGACGAGCGAGGCGCAGCCAUCGCUACGACGCCGCCGCCACCGCCGCCUCCACCGCCACCACCUCCACCACCUCCACCACCACCUCCACCACCUCCUCCUCGUGCUCCUCUUCCCCCGCCGCUCGCCGAUCGCGAUGCUCACGGCGGCCGUGGCCGCGUGGGCCGUGGCCGUGGCGACCCUCCCCGCCGCGGCCGAAGCUCGCGGAGCCCCUCGGCCUCACGGCGGCGGAAGAGGGAGCGGUUCCCGGCAGGGCUAUCCGGUGCUCAACAUCGCGGUGAUCUACGCCGGUCGCUCUUCGCAGCUUCUCGACGUCAAGCACGUGCUGAGCGGCGGUCAGUUCCUCGACAUGCCCAUGGACGUGAACGUGGCGGUGACGCGCACGGUGAACGGAACGAAUCCGCGGGACGUGAUCAUCCAGAUCUGCGACGUGCUGUCGAGCGUGCGCCUACACGGCGUCGUUUUCGGUGAUGAGACCGAGCGGGAGGCGCUCGCCCAGAUCCUGGACUUUCUCUCGUCGCAGACGCUCAUCCCGAUCAUCGGCAUCAGAGGAGGUUCGGCCGUGGUCAUGACUAAGAAGGAGGAAGAAUCCAUCUUCCUGCAGUUCGGUGCCACUGUCCAGCAGCAGUCGCGCGUCAUCAUGCGCAUCAUGGAGGAGUACGACUGGCACAGUUUCUCGGUGGUCACGUCGCACUACACGGGCUACCAGGACUUCAUCUACCACCUGCACGUCACGGUGGAGAGCAGCUACGUCGGCUGGCACCUCGACCGCAUCAUCCCCCUCGAUCUGCUCGACCGCGACAGCGACGACCAGAUUAAGGCGAAGUUGCGCAGCAUUCAGACCCAGGUGGUCGUCCUCUACUGCUCGAUGGCCGAGGCGGAGUAUUUGUUCCGCGUCGCCGAGACCGUGGGUCUCACCGGUUUCGGCUACGUGUGGAUCGUGCCGGGCCUGCGUUGGUCCGAGUCGGAGCGACGGCCCCCGGGACACUUCCCGACGGGCAUGGUGACGAUCUCGUACGACGACGAGCGGCGAGGGCUCGCGCAUCGCGCCAUGGAAGGGGUGGCCGUCGUGGCCACGGCAGCCUUCAACAUGUUCGUCGAGUUCGGCUUCAUCCCCGAGUCGAAGCUCAACUGCAACAACACCAACGCCUUCAACAGUACCCUCUGGAGCACCUUCUACAGGUGCCUGCGGAAUAUCACGUGGAGAGGCAGAGACCUCUCCUUCAACAGCAACGGAUACCUGGAGAAGCCGUCCAUGACGGUGAUGGCCCUCAACAACGAGCGCGUGUGGGAGAAGGGUGAUGAUGACUGCAUCUUUGAGAUCUUGAGGGAGUUUACCCUGCUCCCAGCAGCAGACGAAGAAUUCAUGGAGUUUGCUGCCCACACCGUGCCUUCCAAGUACGCCUUUCCAGGUUUCCGAGUCUCUGCCCACUCUGGCGUUGAAGUCGCCAAGGAUGACAAUCUUGUCGUCAGCUGGGAUAUCCUGCAGAAGGCUGCGUAG